AUGGAUUUCACUUUGGUGCCUUUCAAGGAGCCAGACCCUUCGAGACCACGCACUACACAGGAGUACGAAACUAUCACCAUUGAACCACCCCUAUCCAACUACAGCCUCGAAGAGUUGAGACUCGCCGAUUACAACAAACUGGCCAACACACAACUCGUAAAGCCCGCCGUUACAGGCAGUCCAAGUGUUCAUCCUGUAUCAUCGACCCCACAAGCCUCCAUGCUAGUUAAGAGACUAGCUGGGCGCUCUCGACUCCAGUUGCUCAAGGGUCCCGGCAUAGAAGUCGUAGUCGGUGCGAGACCUGACUUGACGGGCAUAGAUGACUCCACGGAAACAUGGAGCCUUUCAAAGGCCUUAAUCUCGCACUACUCGUCGACCUUGAGGGAUGCCUGCAACUGGGGACAUGAUGAUUCUCACAACCUCCGCAUAAUUCUCUUCAGUGAGGACCCUGCUAUAUUCGAACUCUUCGUCGAGUGGAUCAACAAUGGCACGUACACGCUAGAGGCUCCACUUCCUGCGACAACACAGCCAGGUGUGAAUAUCGAUGCACAGGCCUGGGUACUCGGAGACAGGCUGGGGUCUAUCCAGUUCAAGAACUACGCCAUGGGUCGCCUCUACGCUCGGUAUACUUCGGCGUUUGAGCCACACUCGAUCGUAACAGUUGAUGUAAACUACUCGUACGAGCAAACUGCACACGACUCCAGGCUCCGCAUGUUGUUCAACAACCUACUGGCUGUAAACUUCCUAGAUUCUACGGGUGUCCCUUCUAGGUAG